AUGAAGCGGUUCAUCGAAAAAUUACCCAUGUUGACAGCGCCAUACCCAGAAGAACUACUAAAAAUGUAUCUGGCAGCGGCUCAUAACGCGAUAAGCGCGGUACUCAUGGUUGAAAGAGAUGGAAAACAAACACCCAUAUAUUAUAUCAGCCGAGUUCUGGCGGGAUCCGAAACACGGUAUCCAACACUUGAAAAGUUGGUGCUGGCACUAGUCCAUGCUACCCGGCGUCUCCAAAGAUAUUUCCAAGGACAUCGCGUACAAGUCUUAACGGAUUACCCGCUACAGCAAAUUUUGCACAAGCCAGAGAUCUCCGGAAGAUUGGCUAAAUGGGCGAUCGAGUUGGAAGCCCUGGCUAUCGAAUAUCGAAAGCGAACAACAAUCAAGGGGCAGGUGAUCGCCGACUUCUUGGCUGAAAUUCCUGAUGGUGAAACUAUACAGGUUCCCGCAAUUCAAGACAUCCCGGAAUCCAGCACAGCCAGGCAAACCUGGAAGCUCUACACCGACGGAUCAUCCUGCGGGAAAGGUUCCGGGGCAGGUCUCAUGUUGAUAAACCCAGAUGAAAUAAGGCUGAUGUACGCCUUACGUUUUGAUUUUGAAUGCUUCAACAAUGAAGCAGAACAUGAGGUGCUACUCGCGGGCUUGAGGAUGGACCAAUCUAUGGGAGCCACAAGAGUCGACGCUUAUGUUGACUCUUUGCUGGUCAAUAACCAAGUAAACGAGACUUACGAGGCCAAGGACGAAUCAAUGGCAAAGUAUUUGGCUAAAACCAAGGAGCUCAUAGCUUCCUUUGACAGUGUCACGCUUAAUCACGUCCACAAAGGAAAAAACCAAAUAGCAGACGCCUUGAGCAAACUAGCUACUUCGAGUAUGGAAAGGGAAGUAAAGGUAGAAACAUUGCAAACGCCUUCUAUUGAACCCCGGAAGUCAUACUUGGGGCCACUACUACGGUGUGUAUCCCCAGCAGAGGCAAAAUAUCUAAUCCAAGAAAUACACUCUGGCAUAUUUGGCAUUCACGCUGGACCCCGGGCAGUUGUUGCCAAAAUCCACAGCGCCGGGUACUACCGGCCCGGGAUGCAUGAAGACGCGGUAGAUGAACUCCGAAGGCUCAUAAGGGAAGGCCUAGAUCUGCUAGAAGAAAGGCGUGAGGCAGCUGCCAUCAGUGAGGCAAAGUACAAGAAAACUCUGGAAAAAUACGAUAAUCAGCGCGUGGCAUAG